AUGACGGACGUGAUUCAUGAGGCGUCGCUGACACGCUUCCCACACCACCUGACGGCAGGCCACGCGAGGCAAAGCAAUGUGGUGGCAGUGUCAGUGUCCUGCAGCGGUAGCCAAAAGAACCCCCAGGUGAUGUCAGUGGUGCCAAGGACAGGACCAGUGACCCACGCACCCCAACCUUCUCUCGGAAGCCGCGCCACCAUGCCCCCAGGGGAUGGAUCAGGCCUGACGGACAUCAACAUGACGCAGCUGAUCGCCUACUCGCUGCUCUUUCCCCUUGCCGCCGUCGGGAACAUACUGGUGUUCGUGGCGCUCUUCAGGAACCGCCACCGCAAGUCAAGGGUGAACAUGAUGAUCCUGCACCUGUCCCUGGCGGACAUGAUCGUCACCUUCGUCUUCCUGCCCACGGAGAUCACGUGGCAUGUCACCAUCGAGUGGGUCUUCGGGAAUUUCGGCUGCAAGGUGUACAAGUUCCUGUCGGCGUUCGGCUUUUACAUGUCCUCCAUGGUGCUCGUGUGUAUCAGUCUGGACCGCUACUUCGCAGUGCUGCACCCGCUCAAGGUGAACGACGCGCAGCGCAGGGGGAAGAUAAUGCUGUUCUUCGCCUGGCUCAUCUCCGCCGUCCAUCUCCCUCCCAGUGUCAUAUUCAACGUGCAGCCUCACCCCAACUACCCAGACUUCUACCAGUGCGUGACGUUCGGGUUUUUCGAGAACAACAACGGCGGGGAGAUGAUGUACACUGUGUUCUGCAUCUCCUUUCUCUACUUCAUCCCGCUGUCCAUCAUCAUCAUCGCCUACACCAGAAUUAUCAUCGAAAUAAGCAAGAAAAGCAGAGACACUCAACGUAAGUGUAUUAACUGUGUGUGGGGGAGGUACCACGGCCGCCUACAACUUCGGCGGAGCAACAUGUCCAAUAUAGAGAGGGCGAGGACGAGGACUUUGCGAAUGACCUUUAUCAUCGUCAUGGCCUUCGUCUGGUGCUGGACGCCCUACGCCCUGGGCACGCUUUGGAACUUCAUAGACCCGAAAACGUUCUACGACAUGAACAAACACGUACAGGACAUCCUUUUCAUCAUCGCCGUCAGUAACUCCGUGGUGAAUCCAAUCAUUUACGGCCGCUACUCCAUAAGCUGCUGCAGGGGGCUGUGCGACCAGGCAGGGGACUUCUGCUGCCUGUGUUGCUGCUGCUGCGGGCGACGGAGAGGAGGCCGCCAUCGUCUUGAAUCUCUCGUCCCUCCCCCGACGCCCCACUCGUGUAAGAGCAACGGGAACUGUCAAGCAGGUUCAGCAGCCAACACGCGCAGCACCGUAUACAACUCAACGAGGGACAGGCGAGCCAUGGGAGUCAUGCUUCAGGUAAAGAUGAGGUCACUACUUCGGGACUGGAACAGAACCUCACACAAGUCACACGAGGGGGCGGAAAUGGCCACAAUGGUACCCCUGUCCCUCCCCUUCCCUCCUCCCCCUAAGAACCUCCCCUCCACCCCCACCGUCGGCCGCCCCCUCCUCGCUGCCCGCCCCUGGAAACGCACUCCGAGGAAGCUGACGUGUCCUCGGGCUACGGGUCCUGCCACGCUCACUCCUUCAGAAGUCACCACGACCCGAUCACUUUGGAUCACCCACGCCCGCCAGUGUGGGAGAAUCACCACUCUUGCUAGUGUUACGAUUCCGCCUCCGUUUUCUCUUCCCCUCUACCCCCUCCACUCAAGUUCGCAUCCCCUCCGUCUCUAAGUGUCGUUCCUCCCAGUGAUUUCUUUCCUCUUCCUCCUUUCUCUCCUUGAUGUCACUGGCCGCUCUCACUCUCCCAGUUAGUGCUGUGAGACGUCCCUCCCUCUACCUCUGUUUCUCAUUGCCACAUAUCUCCACUCUCCCUCUGUCCCCUGACCUCAAACAUAUCUUCCCCUCCCUCCUCUCCCUCCCCUCAGUGCUGUAAAUUUCGACGCCCUCACGACCAAUAACACUCCGCCUCUCCCGUCAUUCCCCUCCAUAAGUGCCCCCACUUCUCUCAAUUUCCACCCGACAUGCAUUGCCACAAAAUGAGUCUUGACGGUAACUAGGAAUUGAGAUUGAAGUGUCGUGUAGCCUUGUGCAUUGCGAGGUUCAAAAAGGUCAGUGCCGCGAGAGGAAGAUACUGAGGGGAGGGGAGGAGUGAGGGGAGAUGAAGAGGGAAGCAAUAUUAUAAAUGUAGUGGUAGUGAUUCUUUGUGUUCUAUAAAGGAGUCUGUAUUUGUAUAUCUUUGUGUCCCCACCACGUGUGUGUGUGUGUGUGUGUGUGUGUGUGUGUGUGUGUGUGUGUGUGUGUGUGUGUGUGGCUAGGUCUGCUUCGAGGAAUGUUAUAUACCGUGUAGAUAAACAUCAUUUAUUCGUAACAAUCAAAGUUUCCGCUUCUCUCAUCUCCUCCUCUUCUCCCUUAUCUUCUCCUAUUUCCUCUUUCCCCUUGACUCCUCUCCUUACGUUCUCUUCUUAUUUCUCUCGUCUGUUCCUCCCACUACUUCCUUUACUCA